UUCCAAUUGCAUGUUUCCUGCGACCAGUAAGGCCCAGACAUACAUGAACCUGUACCGGCGCGUAAUCGGAGUUCAAAUUAGUACUCCAGAAAGACCGGGAAUUCUCCAACGAUAGCUGACAGCAGUAUGAUUUGUCUGUGUUCAUCAUUGGUUUGAUAUCGGUAAACGCCAUGUAAGACAGUGGCUGUGCUUAAACCUAAAGUUAUUUCUGGCCCGAAACAAGUGAUCAUCAGAGCGAAAUUGCAACAGGCGAUCACCUCUAUCGGUUCAUUGACAUGGGAUUCCGUAAAUAUCUUCCAGAUGGCUUUCCGAUUGACUCAGCUUCCCUAAUUCUUCCCCCACCAAUGCUGGGAAUCUUUGAUCUCGAUCUGUUGCCCCAAGAACUUCCCCAUACAACCAUAACAUCGUGUCUUUGCAGCGGCGCUGUAUUUACUGGUUCUCAACGAUCCAAGGGGAAAAAGUAUAAUGUUGAAGUAACAAUACAAUAUGUCGAUAUGAAACAAAAAAUGGUGUAUGGUUUCAUGAAAAUCGAGAAUCUUACUCAGGAAUAUCCCAGUCUAACUACAUAUUUUGAAGGAGAAAUAAUAAGUAGAUUACAUCCGUUUAUGACGAGUAAAUGGGAUGCUACUAUGGAAACAGACGUUUUACACUGGGAGAAAAUACCAGCAACAAGUUCCCUGGGGAAUUUCCAUGUUGACAGUUUCGAUUAUUCAAUUUUAGAAAAAUCUGAUACAAUAUUCAUGAGGUGGAAAGAGAAGUUCAUUGUUCCUGAUCCGGGGUUAAAACAUAUAGAAGGUGCAUCGUUUGCUGGAUUUUACUACAUUGGUUUGCAGAAAUCUAUUGGUCAUAUUCUAGGUUAUUAUUACCAUCUUAAUUCAGAAAUGUUUCAAUCUUUAGAAUUGAAAUAUCAACCAGAAUGCACACCAUCCAUUUUCCAACUCCGUUGAAAGUACAUGAGUGAAUGUUACCUUGUGAAACAGAAGUGUACAAACUAGUUUUUUUUAUCAGCGGGGUUUUCGACCGAUCAAAUAGCU